CACAUUUCUGAUGUAUCUCUCUGAGAAGGAGGGUCUGUAGAUGGUCUAUAUCUGGUACAGGAGCCUGACCUUCUAGUAGCAGCUCUCCAGCCUACUGUGGUGUGCAUGACAUGGUGGGAGAAGUGGGAUUAAGAUUAGUCAGGGAGGAGAAUCAAAUAAAUUAUACAACACUCAUCAGAACAUGAGGGAGUUUCCUACCAAGGUCAAUCCAGAAACAGGUCAGUUGAGAAAAUACGUGAGUCUUCUGGGUUGGGACGAGUGAGCUCAUCAUUCAUGUGGAUUGUCUCAUAUCCAGAAGGCAGGGCUUGGAAACCAUAUAAAAGUCCUCUCACCUCAGAGCUCCACUAUCCACUUGACUUCUGCAGGUUCCUUCUCCUCGGGCAGUUGGAUUAUCCUGUAUUGCAACAAAGAUGUCUCUUCACCAAGACCAGCAGCAAUGCAAGCAAGGCAUCAGCCUACCGCCGGCACUCUGUAAGGCAAAGCCGAAAGAGUGCCCGGAAAUUGUGCCGUGUCCAGAGCCGGUGAAAUGCCCUGAGCCAAUACCGUAUUGCCCAGAGAAGCCGCCAUGCAAGGAACCACCAGUCCAAGUUCCUACUCCAUGCCCCAAGCCAAUACCGUGUCCUCAGGAGAAGCAGCAGUGCAAGUUGCCGCCAGUCCCAGUUCCUACUCCUUGCCCUGAGCCAAUACCAUGUUCUCCAGAGAAGCCGCCAUGCAAGGAACCACACGUCCCAUUUCCUCUUCCACACCCUGAGCCAAUACCAUGUUCUCCAGAGAAGCCACCAUGCAAGGAACCACCAUUCCACGUUCCUCUUCCACACCCUGAGCCAUUACCUUAUUGUCCAGAGAAGCCUCCAUGCAAGGAACCACAAGUCCUAUUUCCUCUUCCACACCCUGAGCCAAUACCAUGUCCUCAGGAGAAGCAGCAGUGCAAGCUGCCACCAGUCCCAGUUCCUCUUCCACUCCCUGAGCCAAUACCAUGUUCUCCAGAGAAGCCGCCAUGCAAGGAACCACACGUCCCAUUUCCUCUUCCACACCCUGAGCCAAUACCAUGCUCUCCAGAGAAGCCGCCAUGCAAGGAACCACCAGUCCAUGUUCCUACUCCAUGCCCCAAGCCAAUACCGUGUCCUCAGGAGAAGCAGCAGUGCAAGUUGCCACCAGUCCCAGUUCCUACUCCAUGCCCUGAGCCAAUACCAUGUUCUCCAGAGAAGCCACCAUGCAAGGAACCACCAUUCCCCGUUCCUCUUCCACACCCUGAGCCAAUACCUUAUUGUCCAGAGAAGCCGCCAUGCAAGGAACCACAAGUCCUAUUUCCUCUUCCACACCCCGAGCCAUUACCGUGUCCUCAACAGAAGCAGAAGUGCAAGGAACUGCCAGUCCCAGUUCCUACUCCAUGCCCCGAGCCAAUACCUUGUUCUCCAGAGAAGCCACCAUGCAAGGAACCACCAGUUCCAGUUCCUACUCCAUGCCCUGAGCCAGUGAAAUGCCCACCUUGUGUGAAGAAAUGCCCACCCAUUGAACAGCAACAAUGCAAGCAGCAAUGCCAGUUGCCACCCAAUUGGAAGUAACCUGCAAGUAACAAUGAACGCCAUGGAACGAAAAGCAAAGUGCAAACUCCUGGCACCGAUUCCUUUGGCUUCUUGUCGGUCAUUUUACCUCAUCCCCUCGUUUCUUUAAGGGUAUUCUGUUCAGAUGCACAGCUUCCCACCCAUGUGUUAAUUCGAUGGCUCGAUACUAUAGUUCUGCUAAUAAGAGAUGUGGUCUUUCUGAAUUUUUUUUAUGCACUGCUAGAAAAGGGUACUUCGGGUACAAAUUGUAUAAAACAUGCUUUGAAGAGCUAAUAUCAUUCUUCUCUCCUAGUUCCAUUGAUCCCCACAGAGCUAAAGUAGGUGAUGCUGAGGGAGGUUAGAACCAGGGCUGCCUAAGCUGAUGUUCCAACUUAACUGGACAACAGUUAGGCAGCAGGGGAGCCAGGACCACUGUCCAUCAUGAAAACUGGUACCGUCUCAUUGUUUUCUUCUGCUCUCCCAUCUGGCUGGCUGUAUCCAUGUGCUGUCCCUUUUCAUAUACAUAGACUGUAAGCUCCUCGGAGCAGAGACAGGCUUUUAGUUCUGUGUUUUAUGUACAGUGCCUAGCACCUGAUCCAUGCCUGAGGCUCCCAGGCAUUACCAUAAUAGAAAUAAUAAACAAUAAUAUUAAUGCCGGGGACUAGAACAGAGGAUUUUCCAAUCAUUACAAAUUCAUGGUCCUAAAUUUCUCAUCUAUUGGAAAUUACACCAGAAUAGAUAAGGCACAAAGAUGCCUAUAAUGAUCUCUAGUCCGAUUUGAUAGUUACUUUACCGAAUUGCAAGUCCUCUCCAUUAAAACAAUGUCCCACAACUUUAGUGAGCCAUUUGUCCACCAAUAGGUUAUAUUAACUGUUCCAAGACACCAAAACAACAACUCAACCUGGAAGCAGUUAGGGGAAAGGCCUUGAUUACUGUGUCUAACCCAUGCUCAUUCCAGAAGAACGCAACCUCAGUGCAUGGCUUCCAUUGAUUAGUUUGCAGAAUGAUGCUUGAUAUGUAUACACUCUACUGUAUGAGUUAUAGAUGUAUGU